AUGGCUGCGCCGCCGGAUCAUCGCCACGGCUCCGAGCAGCACUGGGUUGGCGACGGCGCCGAGGACGAGAGCGCAGCCGGAGCUGCGGCUAGACGCUGGGAUGCAGAAGGGGCGCAGCAGCCGGCGGCGGCGUUCGGCUCAGCCAAGGAACCCCCGCCCGUUGCCAUGGCAACUGCAUCCACAGGAGGCAUGGCGGCAUCUCAUCUUUAUGAUUUCAGUUCUUCCAAGGCAUCAGACAGGGGCAACGGCUCCUUUUACACCUCCCUGAUUUCCGACGACCUCUAUACUUCUCCUCAGGAUUCGUCUUACUUCACUGGAAUUCUGCCAAAAGAGGAAAGCACCGAAGGGUUUCAUGCCCAGGAUGGGACUGCCUUCGAAUCUCGCGGUUUGUUCAGCUCUGAUUCAGGAAUAGAGAUGACCCCAGCGGAAUCCACUGAUGUAAACAAAACCUUUGCCGAUCCCAUGGAGCAAAUGAAAUCAGAAGCUUAUAAAUACAUGGACAUCAGUAGAUCAGAAGAGAUCAAAUACCAAGAACGGUGUGACACAGGCUUGGGAGAUGUGGGCCCCCCGAGUUGGAUUAAUAAGUUUGAGGGAGAUACAACUGGUCCCAAAGGGACAGCUUUUGAGGAACAACCUGUGGCCAAAAAGCCAGAUUUAUUUGAGGGGACUAUUUUCCCGUCAGAGACAUUUGGUGACCAUCAAUACCAUGUUUCAGUAGAAGCACCGGUCAAGAUUACUCUUACUGAGAUAGAAAGUAUAGAAGGGGAGCCUGCCACCAAGGAGAAAAUUCCAGAAAAACAAGAAUUGGGCCUCAAACCAAGCCACGAAGUAGUGCCGACAGUGACUGUUUCUGAGCCAGAAGACGAUAGCCCGGGUUCCAUUACACCACCUUCAUCAGGAACAGAAUUGUCUGGCUCAGAGUCCCAAGGUAAAGGAAGCCUGUCUGAGGAAGAACUCAUCAAUGCCAUUAAAGAAGCAAAGGGCUUUUCCUACGAACGCCCCAAAGGUCAACCGUCACCUGUGACCGUGACAGAAAAACAAGACCCCAAAAGCAAGUCGAGUCUUCCUGCUGGCGGACCACCAUUAGACAACGAGGCAAGCAGUGCUGAAUCCGGUGAUUCGGAAAUAGAGCUGGUCUCAGAAGACCCCUUAGCUGCCGAAGAGGUUCUCCACUCCAACUACAUGACUUUCAGCCACGCCGGAGGCCCACCGCCUUCCCCGGCCUCUCCUUCCAUACAGUACAGCAUUCUGAGGGAAGAACGAGAGGCCGAGCUGGACAGCGAGCUCAUCAUCGAGUCCUGCGAUGCUUCUUCGGCCUCUGAGGAGAGCCCAAAGCGGGAGCACGACUCCCCCUUGAUGAAGCCUGUCAUCAUGGACAUCAUCCAAGAGGAGAACAACUCCAGAAACGAAAGCCGGGGGGCUUCCAAUUACAAUGUAAAUAGCUCCAAGGAGAGCAGGAUGAACAGGGAAAACCUUGCGGACUCUGCCUCCUACCUGAAGUGUUCCUUUGCCACACCAAAAGCAAAUGUUGACCUGUCUUCCUCCUCCAUUGCUGCUGAAGAGACAAAGAACAAAAUAGCUCAGAAGAAAUCAGCCGACAUGGCGGCAGCCACAGUCACAAGCCAGAUGCCUUCCAAGGGCCCGGUGACAAGAAGUCCCUGGCCUUCCCCGCCACUGCCGUUUCUAAAUAAGCAAAAAGCUAUUGACCUGCUAUACUGGCGUGACAUCAAACAGACGGGCAUUAUGUUUGGGAGCAUCCUGCUGUUGCUGUUCUCCCUGACCCAGUUCAGCGUUGUCAGCGUGAUCGCUUACCUGGCGCUAGCGGCUCUCUCGGCCACCAUUAGCUUCAGAAUCUACAAGUCAGUCCUACAGGCCGUGCAGAAAACAGAUGAAGGUCACCCAUUCAAAAACUACUUGGAGAUGGAAAUGUCUCUUUCCCAGGAACAGAUUCAGAAAUACACAGAUUGCCUCCAAUUGUACGUCAACAACACAGUCAAAGAGCUCCGGAGGCUUUUCCUCGUCCAGGAUCUGGUGGAUUCCUUAAAAUUUGCAGUACUAAUGUGGCUGUUGACUUAUGUUGGAGCACUCUUCAAUGGCCUGACUCUUCUGAUAAUGGCUGUGGUCUCAAUGUUUACUCUACCUGUCGUAUAUGACAAGUACCAGGCACAGAUUGAUCAAUAUUUGGGACUUGUGAGGACCCACAUGAAUACUGUUGUGGCAAAGAUCCAAGCAAAAAUCCCAGGUGCGAAGAGGAAGGCUGAGUAGAGGUGGCAGCAGCGAGGAUUCAUCACCUUGCAGGAGUGAAUGAUGAGGGAGUCUGGGAUGAAAACAGCUCUGUUCUUACUUUUUACUGCAUAAUUUAUUGUUUCUUUCUCACUCUUGCUCUCUCUGGGUGAAGACAGAUUUUGCAUAAGAGGAGAGUUUGUAGCAUGUCUUUCAGCUGUGGGGUGCAGGGACAGAGAGCCUGGCUUCCUUCCGGCUUCAGAGCCGAAAUGUCUGGUGUACAUGCCUGUGAUCCAUCUACUGGCCCACCUUAUCAGGUGCCCUUCAGCAGUGCUUCAGAAAAAAUAAAAUAAAACGGCUGUGUGAACAUUCAUGCAUUUCUCUGGUCAUUUUUCACCUUAUUAUAUUAAGUACAAAAUUGCCCUGGGGAUGGGGGUAGGAAAAGGUUUCUUAGUGCCACAAUGAUAUACUGGCCAAUCAGUACUGUGCACACAGCCAGCUUCUGCUUCAAACUUGCACAACUCUUGGGUUGGUUCCCCCCCCCCCGAAAGAAAAGUACAUUUGGACUGAACAUAGUGAGGGUGCUUCCAGAAAGUUCACCCUUCUUUAAUAAUGUAGAUCUGUCUUCACCCACGAUCUCUUUCUCCUCCCUCUCGCAAAACACCAAGAUCUCGGGAGAUGUGAAACAGUGAAGCAGCCGUCUGUUUUCUUCUUCUUCUGUUUCUGUACUCUCUAGACUUAUCUGCAAUCACGUGUGUCAAGCACUAAAGUAUAGUAAAGAGAAAAAGUAUCCUAGGUGUGGUUCUUGUGUUGCUUCUCAAGUGCAUGAUGGUGAGAGCCUAAAAAAAAAAAUUAUUAAACUUUCUCCUUUUUAUUUUCUAGUGCUUCUACUACUAUUACUACUACUACGAUGACGACAAUUUCUUCUAUUGGCUUUGCUUCAAUAACUUUUAAUGUUAUGUGUGGCUAGGGGCUUUCCUCUGUUUAGUGCACUGAUGCCGUUUGCUUCUUUGUCCACUGGGUUUGGUGGUUGGGGUCCUCUUUACUAACUAUCCUAGAAUCGUAGACUGAUGUCUUUACGUGUGUUUUCUUUUUUCCAGCACAAGUAAUAAAAACAAAAGAGCAAUCGGUACUUAUAUGGUAUAAUCCAUUUUGUAUAAUUCUCUGUCUCUCUCUCUCAAAAAAAGAAAGAAAAACAUCAAACCAACCCACCCAGUGCUUUUUUUUUUCUUUUUUGAUUGUCAAGGGAUCAACAGGCUGAUUUACAUGUACGGGAACUGAAGACUUCCGGCUUGUUUCAUGUAUCACAAAUUUGUAUGAUGUUCUCUGUAGGACUUAAUUAUGGACUCUGAAUAUUUGCACUUAUGUACUUGAUACCGAAUGCAGAAAUAAAUGUUACUAAAUGUUACACAAGA